UAUUAGAGUGUUACUUGUCAAAGAUAAUUAGUAGAUCAUGGCUGCAAAUAAUCUUUCUAAGUGUUUUGCCAUUUGGAUGAUCAUUGUAGUUUUUUGCUCAUGUUUGUUUACAUUUUCUUCUUGUCAGCCAAGUGGUUUUUCACCAGCAGUGGCAACUUAUUAUACAAAUCCUACUAGUCCUGGAAGUGGUGGUGCAUGUGGACUAGAAAAUGAUGUAGUAGGUGCUCCCUACAAUGCUAUGAUUACAGCAGGGAAUCAAGAUCUUUUUAAACAAGGCUCUGGAUGUGGUGCAUGCUAUCAGGUGAUGUGUACCCAAACUCAAAAUUCACAUUGUUCAGGGAAUCCAAUAACAGUAACCCUUACAGACGAAUGCCCUGGGGCAUGCAAUAAUGAUCCAGUUCACUUUGAUUUAAGUGGAAUUGCCUAUGGAAAACUGGCAAAGUCUGGAGGAAGAAUUCCAAUUUUUUAUAAAAGGGUAGCAUGCAAUUACAACUCAAACAUAUUGUUCAAGGUGGACAAAGGUUCAAACCCUAAUUUCUUUGCAGUUGUAUCUGAAGCAGUAAAUGGUGAUGGUGAUCUUUCAUUGGUCGAAAUAAAAACUGGAGGAGCAAGUACUACUGCAUGGACUCCUAUGAAGAGAAUGAUUGGGUCAACAUGGAAUGUUGGCAUACAACCAAACACACAAAAACCUCCAUUUUCUCUAAGGCUUACUUCAAGUACAAAGAAGAGUGUUAUUGCCCAGAAUGUUAUUCCACCUGGCUGGCAACCAAGAUCUGUUUACAAAUCAAAUGUUAAUUUUCCUAGCCAGUUAUAGUGUGAGAAGUAUGAAGGGAAAAAUUAUAUUAUGGUACCAUUUGUUUGU